GCCGUCAGCCGUCGGAGUAGUAACUCUCGAAUUGGAACUGGACUAAAGACUCGCUUCAUAUUUCCAGCCUUUUCCACGACAACCGCUAAAACCCAAGCUCGCAUUCGUCUUUCCCUUUCAUCCGUUGGAUUCGAUGGCCGACCACACAGUUCAAGAAUCCAACGACCCAGAGAAACAGGGGAAACCCGAGUUCCUUCUUCCCGUUGAAGACGAAGAAGAACUACGGAAGCUGCUGGUACCCGACCCGGAAAAUCUCCCCGCCACUCCACCUUCCGCCGUCGAAACCAACUUCGUCUCCUAUUUCGCGCCAGAUUUUACGAAGCCAGGGCACGACCAGUACGUUUACAGACAUGCCAAUGGGCUGUGCGUGGUUGGCUUGGCGCCGGGCCAUUUGGCGUUUAAGGAUGAAGGAGGGAUCACCGCCGUCGAUUUCAACGUCGGCAAGUCGGAUCGGAGCGGUAUGAAGGUCACUGGGAAACGCAAAAAGAAUGCCCAACAUUUUGAGUCCAAUACAGCUAUAUGUAAAGUUAGCACAAAAGGGGAUUCCUACAUCGUGAGGUGUUGUGUGAAAGGGUCAUUGUUGGAAGUGAAUGACAGGCUCAUCAAGCAGCCUGGUUUGCUCAAUUCGUCGGCGGAUAGAGAAGGUUAUGUUGCCAUCAUGAUGCCAAGGCCAGCAGACUGGUUGAAGGUCAAGGCUUCAUUGAUGAGCGGCGAAGAGUAUGCAAAGCUGAGAGAAGUAAGGGUGCUGAACUGAUUGAUGGAAUCUCUCCAGCAUGGAUGGAGACUAGCACUCCGGUUCAGCUUUCUGCAACUAUUGCAGCUCAGGCUUUCUUCUAUACGCUUUGGACCCUGGAAAAGGCGCAGAUUUGAAUGCUAUUUCGCCUCUUGCUUUCCUGCUCCAAUUUGUGUUUGUUUUGUCUGAGUAGCCAGAAGAAGGAAGCACACCACCUUGCGGAGGUGUUAGGCCGUGGCGAAUUGUAAUUCAUGUUAGGGAUCAAGUUUUGCAGAUUUCUUGUGAAGUUGAAAUGAAAUUAUGUAUGGUCU